UUAAUCACAAUUAUAUUGCACAUCCUUGGUUUGCUCUUUGCGUUUACUUCCUUAUAGUUGACCCUCUCCUCAGCCACUUCCUCUGUCCCCCCAAUUCCGCCAUGACGGAGCAGUUGAACAAGAGGAUGAGGACUGAAUCAUCCUCUUGGCAAGCUGAGAAGGUCGCCGGCAACGAUGAUCUCCUCAGGGAGAUACUUUCACGGUUGCCGGGUACUUCUCUUCUACGUUUCAGGUGUGUUUGUCGUCACUGGCGUUUGAUAAUCUCUAGUCCUGAUCUCCGACAACUCCAGUCCUGUCGAAGCACUUGUAUUAGCACGGGGCUCUUUCUGUUUCGGAAGUCAAACAGAAGGUAUCACUUGGAUCACCAUGUUAAUUUUAGUUUUUCAGGGGUUGCUAAAAACAGAGUACCUUGUAAUAUACGUACUUUUAUAGAAAGUUUUCGAUCAGUUGAACCUAUCCACUAUUGCAAUGGUUUGUUGUGUCUUAAGCUUUGUCUUGAUAAUGAUGAGGUGUUUUAUUGCGUUUAUAAUCAUUGUACUAACCGAUACACCAAUAUUCCAAAGCCUGAUAUUGAUGACGACCAUGAUGAUGAAAUUGUUGCCAUGAACUUGGCUUUUGAUCCUUCGAAAUCAAGCAAUUACAAAAUUGUUUGUGUUGUAAAAGGUAGGUUAGGGUUACUUAGGUUUCUAACAUUUUGUGCUGAAUCUACUUGGAAGGAAUCGGGUCAAGAGGUUCGCGUUAGAGGAGAGUACUCGUAUUAUUUUGGGAAAGGGGUGUUUUCGAAUGGUGCUAUUCAUUUGGUUAGUAAAAGUGAACCAUUUUUGUGCUUUGAUGUGGAUAAUGAGUGUUUGAAAGUAAUGCCAAGCACAUCAAUUCACGAGGGUCAUAACCGAAGAAAGAUCAAGUAUUUUGGGGAGUCUAAUGGGAAAUUGCAUCUUAUUGAGGAAAAUGUGCUUCGACCUACCUUACUCAAUGUGUUUGAAUUGGAGAAAGAUUAUUCAAAGUGGUUCGUGAAGUACGUGGUGGAUGUGGAUGAUCUGAGUCGUUUGUUUCCUCUAAUGAGUUUUAAUGAGCCCGAGUUUCUUGAAGUCGUCGGUUACCAAUUUGAUGUGUUGUGUUUUCUUGAUGGUGAGAAAGAAGGGAAGACGAUGCUCGUAUUGUCAUUGCCUGGAAAAGUGAUUUCUUAUGAUAUCAACAACAUGAAUGUCAAGGAGCUUCUCAAUGUCCAGUUAGAAGAACUACAUCUCAACAUGGAAGAUUAUCUUGUGUACAACUAUAAAUGGUAUCAUGCUUACAAACACAUUGAAACACUUGCUCUUGUUUAGUUUUUAUGUCCGUAUGAGCUAUAUUGGUCGGACUCUCCAAAAUGUUGUUGGAUCCUCCAAAAUAGCACUAUUUUUGGAGGAUCCGACACACAUCCAACAACAUUUUUUGAAGAGUCUGAGCAACGUAGCAUGAUAAGUGUCAGGCAGUGGCGGAUGUACAUGUCGAACCCCCUUCGUUGGAAAAUUAUACUACUUUUACAUGGUAAAAAAAAAAAUUUAUGUAUAAAUAACAAAGGUUGAACCGCUUUGACUAGUUCGUAUAUAUACUACUGAACCCCUUCACUGAAAAUCCUGGAUCCGCCCCUGAUGUCAGGAUUUCGAGUAAAUGGAUGCAGAAUAUUAUAGUUUCUCUUUUCUUUUUAUCCCAACUUUACGA